ACGUAAAAUAUUUAUGCGUAGUAGAGAACUACAAAUAGACAUCCCGCGGUGAAUUCCCAUUCAGAUUUGUACACGUACACAGUAUACAUUGAAAAAUUUAAUUACCAUGUCUAAAGGCGAGUAUGUUAAGAUUCCCGACGAGAAGGUAUUCUCCGACGAUAAGGUGAUCUCAGUAUCACCUGAAUCUCCCCCUCCUAUGUACGAACAAUCUGAGCUUGUACACGGUGAGCGGUCGUUCGACGCACCAGCACCAUCAUUCUGUCUGUUGUCGACCUUUAGCUUUCUCUGCUGCUUCAGUCCCGCAGGUCUCCUAGGUAUGUACUACGGUCACCGUACCAACAAAGCGAAUAACGCUGGUGACUAUGCAUCUGCCCACAAGUACUCACGGUACGCCAAAAAGGCAAUGCGCUGGUCGGUUGCUAUUGGUAUCAUCUGCACUGUGUUGGCUUUGUUCGGACACGUUGCCUUCGUCGGACAGGCUAUGCACACUGCCAAGCACAGUUUCAAGCAGGGAUAUCGCGCCGGCAUGCCUCAAGGUAAGGAGCUGGGUCGUAGCGAAGCCGCCAAGUUGGUUGCUGAAAAUGGCCCCGUGACUGGUCUCCCCUCUGUUCUUCCUACGUUGCCUGGAAAUGUGUUCGAUGUAAAUGAUGCAUUCUACCAUUUGGGAUCAAUGGAGGCUAUGGCAGCCUAUGCUGGCGAGCACUUCGGCUACACCGAUGGAUUCCGUGUAGGCUAUUGCCACACUGAGGGUGUAACAUGUAACGAACAAGAGUCACACACUCUUCGCUGGUACAAGCACCACGGAUGUCACGGUAAGAAGCACGGUCGUCACGGCCACAAGGGUGAGCACGGCCACAAGGGUGAGCACGGACACCAUGAGCAUGAACACCGCGAACACGGACACAAGAAACACCAGGAAAUUGCCGAGCAUAUCAAACAGGUAGAGAAGAACUUGGGUGUAGAUGUGAAGGAGAUGCCCAAGGAUGUGGAUUCCAAGGUGCACGCUAUGCAUGUUAAGAAAGUAAUUGCGGACUUGCAGAAGUAGAUGUUAAGAUGUUGCAACCAUUGUUAAACAUAUCGGACAGUGUUGUAUGAUAAUACACAACCACGGGUACAUGGAUAGAGUCAUCUAUAGUAUUUGGACCCUUUCUUUGAAAUAUUAAAAUAAAAGUGAACGAUCUUUCUGUUAAA